UAAUUUUUCCCGAGACCUAUUUCCACCGGCGGGCUCGGAAAUUUGGCAAGCCGCGACGACGACGUCGUGGACGUCGAGACGCCUCGCCGUGACCAGUGGACGUCGUCACCUGCAGUUCACCUAGUGCCGGCCGGUCAUCAUCACUACGGCACAAAAAAAAAUAGAUUUUAGUGUUGCAUCAACAAAAUCACCAUUUUAGGUGUUAGUGAACCAUUUGAUAUACAUUGUAGAUCAUUUUUCAUCAAGACGAAAAUAAAAAGUCGAAGUCGAUAGUUAAGCCCUUAGGGGCCUCGGAUAUUGCCUGUGAUAAACUUAAUCGAAAAAUCAACAAACAGUAUAAAAAUCGACUGAAUAAUGGAACAAUUCGAACAAUUGCUGACUUGUGCCAUUUGUUUGGAUCGGUACAGAAAUCCAAAAUUACUGCCAUGUCAGCACAGUUUUUGCAUGGAACCUUGUCUAGAGGGGCUAGUGGACUAUGUUAGAAGACAAGUGAAAUGUCCAGAAUGCAGGGCGGAACACAGGAUUCCGUACCAGGGGGUGCAGGGCUUCCCGACCAACGUGACCCUUCAAAGAUUCCUCGAGCUACACAUUGAAAUAACCGGUGAACUGCCGGACCCGACCAGCGGCCAGGUGAUGGAGCGUUGCAACGUGUGCAGCGAAAAGGCGUACUGCUCCUUUUGUUCGCACUGUGAUAAAAAGAUUUGCGAGGAGUGCAAAGGCGCGCACAUGGAAAUAUUGCGCAGAGAAAUCACCAGAAUCAACAAUCAGAUCCGUAGGGGUAUACACAGGUUGCAAGAUACGUUGUCGUUGGUUGAGAAGAACGCGCAGGGUAUACAGACCAACUGUCUUUCGGUUGGAGAAGAGGUGGAAGAGAUUUACAGACGCCUUAAUAAAGCACUUAAAGAUCGUACUGAUUAUUUGAGAACCGAGAUCGGUAAAUAUUUGGGUACAGAAUUACGAAGCCUCAAUACUUUGAAGGAUAAUUUAGAGUUGGAAAUAUCGAACAUAUUAAGUAACUGCGAUUUAGCUGACAAGCAUAUGGCCGAAGGCAAUGAUAUGUGGGAUGAUUGCGAACUUAUGGACACGAAAGAGAUAUUUUUAAAGACUGUCGAGUUUAUACGAAAUUUCGAAUAUGAAAACCCCGAUUACAACAGAAAAGUGCGCUUAGUUUUGGCCCACGAUCCUAACCAACUUGUACUUCAUGUUGCAGGUUUUGGUGACUUAAACAUAGCAAACAGCCACCUGAACACGGGCAGUCAUUUGACGCCAAGUCCUGGUUUGAUGCGAUCGAAGAGCGACCACCGGUUGGCCGCUCAAUUCAAACAUAACCAGGAAGGUUACGGCGAAAGAGGUUACGGUGAUCAGGACGAACCACUUCUCGGUGGCCGGAAGUUCGGCGAGCGCAAAAAAGAGCCCACGUCGACCUCCGACAGAUACGGAGACCGGUACGGCAGGGGCGGCAAUGAUUACGGCGACGAUUAUGACGGGGAAACCAGGCCGACAAGGUCACGCUACUCGCGAUACAGGCGCCACCAGGCUGGAGACAACGACUCUGACCAAGAACAGCCUAGAAACGUAAAAUUCGAUCACAAAAAGGAGGAUAGAGAACGCGUUAUCGAUACGGAAGAUGUAGCUCGAGGUCCUUUGAGUGGUAUUACUCGUUUGGCCGACUCGCCGCGCGUCAUGAAAAAAUUGCAGGAUAACGAGAGCGGUAAAAAAAAGGAAAAGGAAGCGCCUGCCCCUCCGCCGGCCGCCCCUCAGCCCAAACAGCCGGCACCAAAGAGGCCGCCGCCGCCCCCUGCCACCCGACAAGUGAGCGAGGAUGACGAGAUUGCGAGAAUUAAGAAACAAAAUAAGGCUAGUAGCUCUACUACCGAGACCGCCGCCGAAACUCGUCCCGCCGCUGAACGCACUACCCUCGCAGACUCAGGCGACAGGCACAGUGCUCAGAGGAAGACCCCCGCCCCAGAGGCUGUUUCCAGCACUGAAGAAACGGACGAAUCAGUUAGCUCGCUCCAACAAACGCAACGCAAAACUGCCGCCAGUAAAACCGCAGCCGCAGCUACGCGCCGUGCUUCGGACGCGGGACACAAAAAAUCCGCCAGAUCAGCCAGCUCUGACUCAUCCUCUGAUGCUUCCACUGGCUCGUCUAGUGCUAUUAGAGGCACCGGUGCGCCUUUUACUACUGAAGAAGUAAAGCAGAAAUACUUAUCGAGAGGUAGCGUUGAUAAUACACCAGAUAAUAGAACUAGAUUGUCUUCCACGGGGUCUAACAAAGAUGCCAAACCGUUUCAAAGUAGAUUUUUGAAUAAGAGUAGCCCGGCUCCACCACCCGCUAAAGACGAUGAGGAAACAGAAUCUAGCUCUGAGGAGGAGACUGAUGAAACUGAAUCUGAAGAAGAGUCUGUUAAGAAACCUGAAACGAAAGAGAUGGCUAAAUCUGAUAUAGGGCCUUUAUUGGCAAGAAGCGCAAAUGCCAGAGAUAAUAGCGCUGAAACGGAUCGUAAGAAUAGUAGAGAUUCUUACAGUAGUAGGAAUAAAUACGCAUCGCCAAGAGAAGAAUCGCCCAAGUACACUCGUACAAGACCAGUCCCGAAAGAAGAAGAACCGCGUUACAACUACACAAGCCGGUUUUUGAAUAAAAGCAAAUCAUCGGCGGCCAUAGCGCCACCGGCAGCGGAAGAAGACGAUCAUACGCGAGACGAGGAUAAGUACCCGACCGGGAGGUCGCGCUACAUGGCACUAAAAGAGCGCAGGCAGCGAUUGGCGCGCAGCAGAAGCAACCAGCAUUUCGGCGACGAGGACGACAACGACGAGCCAGUCUCUCCCACGACAUCGAACCCGUCAGCAUACCUCGCAUCCCGUGGCUACGGCUCGGCAUCGUCUUCAAGUCAUGAUCUUGCCCGAAGCCGGUCCACGCACGCCCUCAAAUCCAGAGACAACUCGCCAGAUCGCCCUGGUACGGAGAAAGAUGGAGCUGCGUUGAGCUCGUGGGCGCGCUAUCUAAAAAACAAGUAUGGAAAUAGGAGUGGAGCAAAGGACAAGGAUUCCGCAGGGGCUACUUCGUUGACCCCUUCAUCAAGCAGUUCGGCAACAGCAAGGAGACUUAGUCUCGGAUUGCCGCUGAGGUCGUCCACCGAAUUGGCCAGUUCUGAUGAUGAUUCAAAAAACGUGAAAGGCUCCCCCACUACCCCUACAGCAGCUACGGCACAGGCAGCAGCCGGUAUCGCAGUGGCAGCGGCAGGUACCUCCCCUAAGAGUCAGUACCUGCAAAAAGCCCAGCAGCUGUUCGAGCUAGGUAGUCGGGGGAGCGAAGCCGGAUGUUUUACGUGGCCGCGCGGCGUUGCCGUCGGCCCGGACAACAGCAUCGUCGUCGCCGAUUCCUCCAACCAUCGCGUGCAAGUGUUCGACAACAAUGGCCGUUUCCUCAAGGAGUUCGGCCAGUACGGCAACGGCGAGGGAGAGUUCGACUGUCUCGCCGGCGUUGCCGUCAAUCGCAUCGGCCAGUACAUCAUCGCCGACAGAUACAACCAUAGGAUACAGGUCUUUGAUCCUUCAGGAACAUUCUUAAGAUCCUUUGGAAGCCAGGGAACAUCAGAUGGCAGAUUUAAUUACCCAUGGGGUAUAACAACAGAUGCCCUAGGUUUUAUUUACGUUUGUGAUAAAGAAAACCACAGAGUGCAGGUUUUCCAAUCAGAUGGCACCUUUGUGGGCAAAUUUGGCUCCAUGGGAAGCAAAGAAGGUCAACUAGAACACCCGCAUUACAUUGCAGUAUCGAACACCAACAGAGUAGUUGUGUCAGAUUCAAACAACCACCGCAUUCAAAUUUUCGAUGUCAACGGCAAAGUUAUAACGUCUUUCGGCACUGAAGGCUCUGAAGAAGGCCAGUUUAAGUUCCCCAGAGGUGUAGCCGUAGACGAUCAAGGCUACAUUUGCGUGGCAGAUUCUGGAAACAACAGAAUACAGAUUUUCCAACCCGAUGGUACUUUUUUGAAGGCCUUCGGGUCCUGGGGACUUGGCAAAGGCGAGUUCAAAGGUUUGGAAGGUGUUGCCAUGACGCAAAAUGGACAUAUUCUUGUGUGUGAUCGAGAAAACCAUAGAAUUCAAGUGUUUUAAAUUUCGAUUAAUUCUUCUAAUAUUUUUUUCAAUGAUAAAGUGUGUUAUAACUUACAAACAAUAAACUUAUUUGCAUUUCUUU